AUGGCAAAUGACCUUUGUAGUAAUAAAACUCGAGAUAAAGAUUUUUGCUGGAAGACAUGUGGUGGUAACUUAAAUGAAGGACCAAAACCGGAAAUACCUAAGGAUAUUAAAUGGGCCUACACACCAUCCUAUUCCAUUAAUAUUACAUGGAAUGGUGAUGGAAUAUUGUAUUUGUUGGAAAUGGUAGAAAAAUCUGACGAGAAUGAGUAUGGCCAUGAUUUUCUUAUAACCACAACAUCACUAUUAAAUUAUACGAAAUCGGAAACAGACUUUUGCAAUCCACUACUAUUCCGACUUGCAUCGGUGACAAGUGGAGGAGUAAGCAAUUUCAGUAGCAUCCAAGAAAUUCCUCCGACAUUACCCGAAAUUGUAGAAAAUGUAACUGUCCAAUCUAUGGAAUACGUCAAUCAAUCAUUCAGCAAAAAUGGUUACUAUUCUAAUGGAACAAUCAAAUUAAUUCUACAAUAUGCAGCUCCAAAAUAUGAUUGGCCAUUAGGUGAAAAGGACAUAAAGGUAGAUUUACUCUUUCAUAUGGUAAGCUGUAAUAUUCCCGAUUUGUCGAAAGCAGUACCAGCGCUGGAGUUUGAGACAAAUGAGGAACCGCGAACUUUGAUUGGUGAAUUUGGCGCAGAUUUGAUGUAUCGUAAAUGUCAAUUCUUAUAUUAUGUUAGUGCAGUUCAUAGUUAUCGUUGUGGUACGACGAAAACGAACAAUGAUUUCAAUCAAAACUCGAUGAAACCAUUAAAAAUAAAUUGUGCUACAGUACAAAAUAGUCCAUGUAAUGAUAAUCCAUUAAUACAUCAUCCACCAAUGUGUGGUCAGGUGGAAGGAUUCAAUUAUCAAAUCCUUAAUGAUCAUAUCAAUCCAGAUGAUAUAAAUAGCAAUAUAACUGUUAAUGUAACAUUCCGUUCUACAUUAAUGAAUAAAAAACCACUCUAUUUUGUGGCUUUUUAUGGUGAUGCUGAACCAUUUGAUCGAGAAAUUGAUGUGGAAUUGCUUGGUGUUCAUAUGCGACAGAUUUUGGGUAAUGCGACAAAUUGUCCGAAACUCAGUAGUGUUGGAACAUGUGCGGUAAAAUUGAACCUUAUAAAUGCAUCAAUAAUAAUAACAAAUUUACGAAUGAACAAGCUUUAUGGUGUGACAAUAUGCGCCGUUAUUGAUCCGCAUAAUUUGACAUAUCCCGAAAUAAAUGGUGUUGCAUUGGGAAUGAAAUCAAAGGCUAAUAAAAUAUUCAUUGAUUCUUCAGCAUUUAAGAAACAUCGUCCAGGUUUGUUACCAGGAAUUAUUGCUAGCAGUACAGCAACUCUUGUGUUACUUCUUGUUGGUACAUUUAUUUGGAUUCAACGAAAACAAAAUGCCAAAAUUAAAAUGCAUCAGCUAAAACUUGAACAAAUGAAAUACAACAACGAUUUAAGAUAUACUAAUUUGCCGAAAAAACAUGAUAUAUGGGAAUUGGAGCGGCGAAAUCUUAUCAUUUAUGAUGAUCAGAAGCUUGGUUCGGGUGCAUUUGGAUCGGUCUAUAAAGGUCGAUUGAUUGGUAUUGCAAAAGGUAACAAGAAUGCUCAAUCUACUUUGGGUAUCAAUCUGAUGAGAGCUGAAAAUUGCGAUGUUGCUGUAAAAAAGUUGUUCGAAUAUGCUGAUCAGGUAUCGAAAAGUGAAUUUCUCAAUGAAAUUUCAUUAAUGAAAACAUUGGGUUAUCACGAACGACUGGUCAAUAUGUUGGCAUGUAUCACAGAAACAGAACCUUAUUGCUUGAUUGUUGAAUAUUGCUCGGAUGGCGAUCUAUUGCAUUUCUUAAAGAAACGAUGUGCUUAUAUGAUGAAGCUUACUGAAAUGGGUAUCGAUUAUGAUGGGCUCAAUUCGGAUGAAAAGAUAAAUAUGGAUUUGGUGAUAACAUUAAAGCAGUUAUUGAUGUUUGCUGUGCAAAUUAGUUAUGGCUUGGAAUAUCUUAGUCAGAAAGGUUUUGUACAUCGAGAUGUAGCGGCACGUAAUAUAUUGGUCCAUGAUAAGACGAAUGCAAAAAUUGGUGAUUUUGGCUUAUGUCGAUAUAUUCAUCGUGAUUCUGCCCACUACAAAAGUAAGGGUGGACGAUUGCCAGUGAAAUGGAUGAGUCCAGAAGCUAUUAAACAUUAUGAAUUCACUAUGCAAUCAGAUGUUUGGUCAUUUGGUAUAUUAAUGUUUGAAAUUGUUACACUUGGUGGUUCACCAUAUCCAGGUAUACAACCCAAUGAUAUGUUAGAACAUUUGGAUGCUGGUGGACGAAUGGAGCAACCGGAUAACUGUCCCAAUGAAUACUAUGAAGUAAUGCGUAGUUGUUGGGCACAGGAACCCUCGUCGAGACCUGAUUUUGGAACUAUUCGACAAAAAUUGGCCGGUCAACUGGAAGAUAUUACAGACCAAUAUUCAUAUCUAAAGCUUGACAAUCAACGGGACUAUUAUAAUGUGAUAUAUGAUACAGAUGUUUUGAAAGACACUAAAGAAGCGAUGGAAAAUAAUUUAGCAGUUGAGAUGCCUGAAGUCGAAAAGAUAAAGACGAAUGAUAUACUUGAUAAUGUUCUUUCAAUAGAUAUACAGGAAGAUUUCAGUGAUAAAACUUCAACACUAUCAUACGGUAACGAAACUGUUAGAGAUAGAAGUAUUAUCAGUGACGGGUAUUUAAAAUAUGGUUAA